CAAUAGCAUGCAAUUAUCUUGUUUGCAAUAAUCAAGUAUCCCAACUUUGAACAUGCACAUAGCCUGAAGAUAAUCCAGCAAAAUAAUUUACAAAUAGUUCUUGCUUUGACACCAAAUUAUCUGCACUUUAAUUUUAGCAGCUUCAUGGGAAAUAAUCAUAUCCAUGAGGCCUUCUUAAUGUUUGUACAAAUUCUCUCUGCUAACCACCAUUCGCCUGAAACCAAGGUUGACCAAACGUCGCCGCUAAUUCCCGUUCAAAUACAACAAACACUUCUGGCAGUACAUGAUAUUGCUCACCAAUCUUCUACAAGCUCCGGAAUUAGAACAAGAACCCUUACCACCCGGUAUAUAUGAUAGCUAGUGUAUGCUGUAUAUAUUUUUCGCUGAAUAUUGGGAUGAACUCGUGAGAACUAGUGUAUGCUCUAUGCCACGAUACGAAAGAUAUGUGAUGAUCAUUAGGUGGAGGAAAGACUGCCAAGUCCUUAAGGUCCAUGCUCUAGUCUCUACCCAUUCCAGGGGCUGAAUUUACCAGUUCCCGAUUGAAUGCAGCAAGCCCCCCUCAUGGGCGAAGUAUAAUUAUUUUGAACGUCAAAAACUACCAAAAUAGAAAAUAGUGCUAAAGAAAGGAAGUCCAUCAACCAUAGGACCUAAACUUAGUGGCAAGUAGAAAAGCUGAUUUCGCGUUUUGGGCAGUAUACAAACAUCAACAUCAUAGCUCAAGUGGUAUAGUUAGGGAGGACAUAAGCUUUCAGAUGCAGAUUCGAUUCUGCAAUCCAGAAAAAUACCACCCUUUCCUCUCUCCCAGUCGCCCCUCCCCUCGACCAACAAAAAUAACAAUCAAGUUUUAUUUCAUUUGAUAAAGUCAGCUACAUGGAUUAUAGUAGGCAGUUAAACUUCGUAAUAAAUCAAAUUCUCCCCUCCUUGUACCAAAAGAAAAAAAAAAUCAACAUCAUGAAACCCCAAUGAUAAACUCAAAUACAGAUUAUCCAAAUUUAAGGGAAUCAAAAUAUGAAAAUAAAUAUAUAUCUAUGUGCUAGUUAACAUUUCCAAUAUUAUAGUUAAACAACAGAAAAAAGGUUUAAUAAGAUGCUCACAAAACUAAGAAAGAAACUCGUAGCAUUCAAGUAAUAUUAUGGGUCGUCAAACAAGGUUCAUCGACAGCACAAGGUGAGUAAUCCUUUGGAUUGCCGGGUCAACAUACACCUUGGCAAUAUUUGUGAAGAUUCAUAUCUCUCAGAUCCAGUUAUUAGUUUGUCAAUAUGCAUCUUCUGCGCAGGUGGCAAUAUGAAGAAAAUUUUUUUUUCUUCCGUGUCCUAGAAAAUUCUCGCAUAUUCCAUUGACUCAGAUUUUUUGACAUUCUUAGUCAUAAAUUUAUAAAGAAUGGACAAUGGCUGCUCAGAAUGACAUCAUUGUAAGAAAUAUAAAAUAAGAUAAGACGGAGAGAAACAAAAAAAUGGUGUUGUUCAAGAGUGUUUUAUAAAUAAUAUAACUUCUAACCCCUACCUAAUCAAAUUGUUAAUUGUCUUCACAUACGGCCAAAAACAGUAUGUGGAGAGAAUAUCAUUUGAGGGUUACAUGGGAUGCCCCGUUUUCACUUCCAGAGGCUGUAGCAGUAGUAUUAAUGUGUAUGACAAUCCAACGGGCCAGGGAGGUUUAUUCCUUAACCCCACACCCAUGCCCAAAGUUUCGAAAAACUGAAUGAAAAACACUUUCGAUCUAAAUAUUUAUGGGUUGAAUUGGUCAGUAUAAAAGGAAUAAAAAUUGCAAUCAGAAUGGCAAGUCUAAAUGGGAAAUCAGUCAGCAAAUUAACAAAUCCUUUGGAAUCAGGUAUCGUUCUUUUACAGUUGAAUUGGUUAGAACUUACCUUUUCUCUACCUCAUCAGUUUCCACUUUCCAGUCCAAUUGAAUAGUCAUAGCAUAAUAUAGCCCUCGAGUCCCGAGUCUUCGCUGAAAGUGCUUCGCCACCAUAUUCGAAAAACGCCAUAGGUGACUAUUUCAUAUCCCUCUCCAUCCUCUCAUUUUCAAUGUCCCACCUUCCUCGUCACACUCACACCCCAACCAACAAGCAUGCCACACAUAUAUUUAUCAAUAACAACAACAAUAAUAUAAUCUAAACAAAGAGGGUAAGAAGCAUCAAACACCCUCCUUCCAACAAGUACCCUUAUUUCUCCAACAAAUUUGACACCUCAAAGGUCCAAAGCCGGAACAGAAGAGAGGAAUUCAGGUUAAGGUUCACCUCCACAGCAUGGAUAGGUUGGUGAAACCAGAAGCAAAGGAAGUGGAGCUGAUCUACCAAAGGGGCCAAAAGUGCAGCUCCUCCUUCAAGCUCAGCAACCUCAUGCACACCAUGUCAGUGGCAGUGUCCCUAACCACCUCAAACCCUCUGUUCUCCAUCAACAAACCCUUCUCCAUAAUUCCCCCACUCUCUUCUGCAUCCUACACCCUCCAACUCUCUCACCCUUCUCACCAACCCCCUCUCUCCGACCCUCCCGACAUCAUCACCGUCCGAACCUCCAUGCUCCCCACCGGCAAGGCCCACGCCGACGACCUCCGCCGCCUCUUCUCUAAACCCGGACCACACGUCUUCCGCGACGCCGUUAUAACCGUUUCCCUCAUCGGCCCUCACGUCGCAGAGUUCCUCAUCCCCCGAACCCCCGAAAACCGCAACCUCUUCAUCAGAGCCAUAUCCGCAUGCACGAAAUCACAGCUCACGAGACUGCUGAGAUACGCCGUUGAAUGCGGGCGCGCCGACGCCGUCGCCGAUUUGGUCGAUGCCGGCGGGGAGACGAACGGAGAAUCCUUCAUGCUUCUCGCAAUUAUGGCAGGGAGGCUGGACAUGGUGAAGCUUCUGGAAGGUUCAGGAUGCGGAAUCGAUUAUAACGAGCUGGUUCUGCACGAGGCGGCGGCGAAGAACCGAAUUGACGUGAUGGAGUUUUUGUUGGAGCGUUACGGCGAGGAAUUGGAGGUGAAUUCGGUGGAUUCAGAAGGGAGAACUCCGAUACACGUGGCGGCGAGGGAGGGGUACGAGAGGGUGAUCGAGUUUUGCGUUUCGAUGGGAGGGAACCCUAAUUGCGUGGAUUCGAAGGGGUGGACCCCACUCCAUUUCGCGGCGUGGAAAGGGCACGUGAAGGCCGUUGAGUGUUUGUUGGAAUGCUCCAACGUAAAGUACGCCAGGGAUAGGGCGGGGAAAACGGCGUUUUCUGUUGCGGAGGAGGGUGAGAACUCGCCCACGCGCACUCGCUUGCUUGAUUUGCUGUUUUGGGGCGACGCGCUGCUCCGUGCGGCGAGGGUUGACGAUGUCCAUGAAAUAAAACGGUGUAUAGGGGAAGGCGCCUGUGUGAACGGGAGGGAUCAGAAUGGGUGGACACCGUUGCAUUGGGCUGCGUUUAAGGGUCGAAUAAAGAGCGUUAAGGUUUUGCUUGAACAUGGUGCGGUGGUUGAUUCUGCUGAUGAUGCUGGGUACACUCCUUUGCAUUGUGCUGCCGAGGCUGGCCACUUGCAAGUUGCUCUGUUUUUGAUAUCUCAUGGUGCCUCUCAAGCCAAUCUUAAGUCGUUUCCUCAUGUUGCCUUUUACUCUUUUCAAAAGCAUGUCUCUCAUGAUUGUAAAGCUAAGACUAGAGUUUAAUUUAACCCCCACAGUGUGCGCAAUCUUCUCUCUGUAUAUAUACAGUGAUGUAAUCAAGUUCCUAUCCCUGUUCAUUGUUUCCUGCUGCUGCUUAUUUUUUGGGUAUGUCAAAUGAUAUGCAAAUUAAGUUCCUUUUUCGUGGACUGAAUGAGAGACAGGAAAGGAAG